AAAACCCUAUAACAUUCCAUCUCUCUUCUCUUCUUCACUGGUUACUGCCUUCAAUCUCUCUCCCAUUUCAGCAAUAAUGGCAUCUGCUGCAUCACCUUCUUCCCUUUCUCUCAUCCAUACUUCAUCUUCUUCCUCUUCUCGCACCCGUGCAUCUCCAUCUUCUCUUUCAACAAGCAGAUUCAUCCGUUCUACCCCACUUCGGGGUCUAGGUUUCGCCGCCGCUGCCGCCGACCCUUUGCUGACCCAUGUCACUUCAAAGAUUCAAUCGAUCAAGGUAACUGGAAAGGCAUCAAGAGGAGUGGCUUCGAUGGCAAAGAAGAGCGUUGGGGAUCUCACUGCUGCUGAUUUGAAAGGGAAGAAGGUCUUUGUUAGAGCUGAUCUCAAUGUACCUUUGGAUGAUAACAAUACAAUCACCGAUGAUACCAGAAUCAGAGCUGCAAUUCCUACAAUCAAACAUUUGAUCAACAAUGGAGCUAAAGUCCUUCUCUCCAGCCAUUUGGGACGGCCUAAAGGAGUAACUCCCAAAUACAGUUUGGCUCCUCUUGUCCCUAGAUUGACUGAACUUCUUGGAAUUGAGGUAGUGAAAGCUGAUGACUGCAUAGGACCGGACGUUGAAAGUUUGGUAGCUUCACUUCCAGAAGGUGGUGUUCUUCUUCUCGAGAAUGUAAGGUUUUACAAAGAAGAAGAGAAGAAUGACCCUGAAUUCGCAAAGAAGCUCGCCUCUUUAGCUGAUCUCUAUGUAAACGAUGCUUUCGGUACUGCACACAGGGCCCAUGCCUCAACUGAGGGUGUAACGAAAUUCUUGAAACCAUCUGUUGCAGGUUUCCUCUUGCAGAAGGAAUUGGAUUACCUUGUUGGGGCGGUUACUGUCCCAAAGAGGCCGUUUGCUGCCAUUGUUGGUGGGUCGAAGGUCUCUUCGAAGAUUGGAGUGAUUGAGUCGCUCUUAGAGAAAGUUGAUAUUCUUCUUCUUGGUGGUGGAAUGAUCUUCACAUUCUACAAGGCUCAAGGUCUUUCGGUUGGAUCAUCUUUAGUGGAGGAAGAUAAACUGGGUCUUGCUACUUCUCUUCUCGAGAAGGCCAAGGCUAAAGGAGUGUCUCUUCUGUUACCUACUGAUGUAGUUAUUGCAGACAAAUUCGCCCCCGAUGCAAAUAGCAAGGUGGUGCCAGCUUCAGCCAUUCCAGACGGAUGGAUGGGAUUGGAUAUCGGACCAGACUCCAUCAAGACAUUCAACGAUGCAUUGGAAACUACCAAGACCGUAAUCUGGAAUGGACCUAUGGGUGUGUUUGAGUUUGACAAGUUUGCAACUGGAACAGAGGCUGUUGCUAAGAAGCUGGCUGAGUUAAGUGGGAAGGGAGUGACCACAAUCAUUGGAGGUGGAGAUUCAGUUGCGGCUGUUGAGAAAGUAGGAGUGGCUGAUGUGAUGAGCCAUAUCUCAACCGGAGGUGGUGCCAGUUUGGAACUGUUGGAAGGAAAAGAGCUUCCUGGUGUUCUAGCCCUCGAUGAAGCAGAGGUUGUUGUUGCUGCUUAAAGUUUAUCGCUAUAAUUUAUUAAUUUUAAGAGUUAUAUUCCCGAAUGUACAUGAGAAGUCACAUUGAACUCGAACUAUAUAUGGGUCUACGAGUCCUUGUUGUUCGUCGUCUUUAACUUAAGGAUGUCGUGUUUCGAUCUGUUGUGCUUUAGCAAAUACUGUAGAGAAGCUUUUUUUCUUUUAGGCAAAGUUGAUUAUCAUUUUGCAUUCAUUAAUAAAGUGGCUUCUUUUAUUUUCAGAA